AUGGCAGGCAUUGUACCUGAAGCCGAAGAAUUCGGCCAUGACGUACCAAUGGAUCCGACUAUGGAGAGUGAAGACAGCGAACAUUCUGAAGAACUUGUAAUGAGCGAACCACCUGAUUCUGAAUGUCAUAUAGAUGAUGUGGGCGAUAACGAAGAUGUCACAGAGCGAUUCAGUGACUUUGCUGUACCCACUACAACUCGAAAUAAACACGAGGAAGCCACGUCAAGAAGUCCGUCAAUACAGGUGCUAUUUGAUUGGAAUUCAUAUCUUCGUGAACAGAAAGCUGAACCAGCCCCAAAAGAGUGUUUCUUUCAACCAGACACGCCUCCAGAAAACAAGUUCCAGAUCGGCAUGAAGCUUAUGAUUGCUGAUCCUAGAGGCAUGACACAUUUAUUUAUUAGACCAACUGGUACAAGCGCAAUGUUCUGUCUGGGCACCGUUGUAAACGUGUAUAAAUUAUGGUUGUGCGUACGUCUUGAGGGCUUGGACAACUCCCAUGAGAAGUGGAUUUUCUGUGAUGAUGAAUCGAUACAACCUAUUGGACCUACUACUGAGGAUCAUAUGAAGCUGAAUCCACCGAUUGGUUUCAUCCAUCAUCACGGUACUUUCCCAAAAUUUCUCGAACAACAUCUGAAGCCGGACGAUGAAACUGGAAAAUCAAGGUUGUGUCCACCAGAAUGGUUCAGACCAAUAUCUGAAACACUGAAACCAGUACAAAAUUUCUUCAGCGUAGGCCAAAAAGUUGAAGCGAUCGAUCAGAGGAGUUUUAAUGGAAAGACAUGUCCGGCGACUAUUGCAGGUGUCACAAAAUCACAUAUUCAAAUCCACUUCGAUGGAUGGAACAGUGGUUACGACAUCAAGGAGCCAUACUACACUCGAUUCGUGAUGCCGGUCGGAUGGUCCCAGAGGAACGGUGUUGAUAUCAGUCCACCGAAAUCCGAAGCGAAAAACACGAGUAGACCAACGCCGUUGACGGUAUCGAAGCAAUCAGCGAGUCAAAGACAGAAACAUCGUUCGACUGUUACGAAGUCGGCGCCACACGCAUCGAUUUCGAGCUCCGGCAGUCGAUCAUCAUCUUCAUCAUCGUCGUCGAAAGUUGUUCGACGACUAUCCGAUAUGGGUGUGAAUCCGGUGGAAGGCCUAAAAGGACGUGGUGCUCGAUCAUCAGCAAAGCGUCCAGCAAAAAACGGCACGGCUACACCGCCACCAAAGAAGAGUGUAGAAGACGUAAGUCCGACAAGAAGUACGUCUUCAGCAGACACAUCACUUUUCGUGAAGGUCAACCCACAGACUCUACGUUCAAGUUUAUAUUUGAAUCAGAAUGAAGCUGAGGAAGUUGUUUCAUCAACGACUGCAUCUGUCGAUACACCACGUACUAUUGGACCUCGUCCAUUGGCUCCACGUCCGUCGUGUUCUCAAACCAACCACGAUUUUUUAGGGAAGAUCUGUCCAAAAAUGGAACACGAAAAAGCGGAAGAGGCUCUAUCAGCAUCAUCAACGUCAACACUGCCACUGAUGUUGCAGACAUCGUCGCUUAAUGGUCCUGUUAAUCAAAGAUCGCAUGACAUUGUUCUUUUGUCCAAAGAUGAAAUACCGGUCAGAGAGAGACUCAUGACGAUUUUUGUCAACUACACCUGUGAUCUCGGUCCUAAUCUGGAUCCUAUCAUGGUUGCUGGAAUUCGUCGUAAAUUUGGACCAUUUGCAAUCCACCAUGCACUUCGAGAAGCUGUACAACAGCUUCUGAAUUGUUCGACAGAUGACAGUGCAAUGUUGAAUCUGGUGCAGCCUGCUGCUGUAACCCAGAUACUCUCAGUAACCGUAGUUGUUCUUUCGCAGCCAAUGAAGCAAUGGACAAUUGAGAAAGUGGCGAGUGAGUUGAAGAAGAUCCUAGAUCCUGUUAUUGUUACGAAAUUCGUUGAACAGCAAAUUGAUGGACGAUCAUUAGGAUUGUUGACCACGGAUCUACUUAUGACUCACAUGGGACUAGCUCUUGGACCAGCUCUCAAGGUGGUCGAUUUUGUGCAAUCAAUGCGAAAGCUACAGGAGCGUCAACAAACAAGUGCUGGUGCUAGCGAAGCACGUGUCCCAUAA